GUCCUCAACACUGGUGUCAGAACGCGUUGCUGAAGUUUUGAGAGUUUGGGACCUCCUUUAUGUCUAAGAAACAUAUUUCUUUUAACGUGUCAGCACCGGGAGAUUCCAUCUACAAAUGGUAGAUGCAAUCCGUUGAAGGAUGGCCGCUUUCCGAGAGUUGUGAUCUUUGAUGCGCACAAUAGAUUUCUUUAGUGCAGUGUCAGAUAAAAGGAGGUUUCUUCUGCGAAUGGUAGAUUGGAACUUGUUGGCGUUCCAUUGAUUGAUCUCCCUUGACUUUAGACAGCUGGCUGAUUUAGCAUUCCUCUGGGAUGUGGUGGCUCCCCCACAUCUUCUCAUUUCUGUACUUUCUUUUUACUCAUGGCUCACUGUGCUGCUGCAACCGAGAAGCAGGACCACGGGGAAGAGCUUCCACCUCUAUUUCAGAUUUUGGCAUCUGAAACUGUUGAUGGAUUUGAUGAAGUGUGCUAUCAGACGCUCGAACUGCCUUGUACCGAUUCUGCAGAAGGUCCUUCUUUGGCGAAUGAAAAGGUAGCAGACUCAACACCCGUGCAAUUACCAAUUUCAUCUUCACCAUUAGUUCCAAAUCACUGCCAUUCAGUUUCUAUCAGCAUGCCUUCCUCCCCGUUGGGUGCAAAAUCUAAAGGAUUUCCUGAUGACUAUGUUGGCAAUGAGAAUGCUGCUACUGAUGGUACUGGAGGGAAGGCUGCCUAUUGUGGUAAUGCAUCUGUGAAGCAGCCCAAUCAGGCAAUGUUUUAUUCCAUUCCCAUACCAAAGGGCACUGCAUAUGCAGACAAUAUCACAAAGGGAUUGCCUCCUGAUUAUAUAAGACAUGACCAGAAUGGUUCACAAAGUGAGAGCCGCACAAUGAAAUCAUUCAACUCUUUCAAGACCUGGUCUGGAAGGCUGGAGAGGCAGUUAUCGGUACUAAGAGGCAGACAGCAAGAAGAGGAAUUUGCUAAUGAUAGCUCCCCACCCCCUGAGAUUGAUGUUUUGCCAGUGGAUCGUUACUUUGAUGCUCUAGAAGGACCUGAACUUGAAACUCUGAAGGACUCUGAGGAGCUGCUCCUUCCUGAAGAUCAGAAGUGGCCCUUCCUUCUGAGAUUCCCAAUUUCUUCCUUUGGUAUCUGCCUUGGCCUCAGCAGCCAAGCUAUCCUUUGGAAAACGCUGGCAACAGCCUCUUCCACACAGUUUUUGCAUGUAAGCCCCAUUAUAAACAUGAUUCUUUGGUUUGCCUCCGCAGCAGUUGUUGCAACUAUUGCCACCAUCUAUAGUCUCAAGAUCAUCUUCUAUUUUGAAGCUGUCCGGCGUGAAUACUACCACCCAGUUCGUAUCAAUUUCUUCUUUGCCCCGUGGAUUGCAUGCUUGUUCUUAGUUAUGGGGUUACCUCCUUCACUUGUGAAAAACUUACAUCCAGUGCUCUGGUAUGUCUUGAUGGCUCCAAUUUUCUGUCUUGAACUCAAAUUAUAUGGACAAUGGAUGUCAGGAGGCCAACGCAGACUGUCUAAGGUAGCUAAUCCAUCAAACCAUCUAUCUAUUGUUGGAAACUUUGUUGGUGCAUUGCUGGGGGCCACAAUGGGACUGAGAGAAGGGCCUCUAUUCUUCUUUGCCAUUGGUUUGGCACAUUAUGGAGUGCUGUUUGUUACAUUGUACCAGAGACUGCCAACCAAUGAGACACUCCCGAAAGAACUCCACCCUGUAUUCUUCCUGUUUGUUGCAGCUCCAAGUGUUGCUUCUAUGGCAUGGGCCAGGAUCCAAGGGAAUUUUGACUACGUCGCAAGGAUAGCGUAUUUUAUUGCAUUGUUUCUCUAUAUUUCACUGGCUGUUCGAAUUAACUUCUUCCGUGGUUUCAGGUUUUCACUAGCAUGGUGGGCUUAUACAUUUCCAAUGACUGGCGCUUCAAUUGCAACAAUUAGAUACUCGAGUGUGGUUACAUCUACCAUAACGCGGGCUCUCUCUGUUGUACUGUCCUCUGUUUCUUCUCUCACAGUGCUGGCUUUACUCGUUUCAACUAUCAUCCAUGCUUUUGUCCUUCAUGAUCUCUUUCCGAAUGACAUUGCCAUUGCUAUUACACGGAAGAAAGUUAAGACAGGCAAGAAACAGACACAUCUAAGGACAGUAUAUUCAGACAUUCCGAUGACAGAAGCUGACAAAUCAAAUUGCUGAAAACUGAUUGUAAGUGGAGUGGUACAAGGUUGAAGGCCACGUUUACUAUUCUGAAGAUGAUUCACUAUUAAUUUAUGCAGAUUCAACAGCACCACUCGCAACUUGUUUCAUAGUUUUGCAGUCUAAAAUGCAAAUAGGCAUAUGGCCUUUGUUGGUGAGUCAAUGUAGUCUAUGAGAGACAUAAGGGCUUCAUGAAUUAAAACUUGAUUUCUGGGGUUGUUUACCUCCCCAAUUAAGCGACAUCAAAACUUUGAGCUUGUUGAUGGA